GGGGCGAUCGUGCGGAGGUGCAGCCGGGGUCGCAGGUGAGCGGUUCUGUGCUGGAGGAGGCAGCCCUGGAAGCGGUGUCUUCGCGUACGGAAUUAUCCAGCCCACCUCUGCUACUACUGUAGAUGAGCUCAGCAAUUUGAACUGUCAACGAGGGAUUGUCCUUGGUUUUUGUGCUUUGCAGCAUUGCCCAAGUUCUUUUCACAUCUUCUCUUACUGUAAAAACUGCAUUUAAGUUAAAAAAAUGAAGCAGUUGAAAAGAAAGAGGAAAAGCAAUUUUAGCGUUCAAGAAACUCAGACCCUUUUGAAAGAAAUUACAAAGAGAAAAGAAGUCAUUUUUUCCAAGCAGCUCAAUACGACGAUUAACGUGAUGAAGCGAAUGGCUUGGGAGGAGAUCGCGCAGUGUGUGAAUGCCGUGGGAGAAGGAGAACAGAGGACAGGGACGGAGGUGAAGAGAAGGUACCUGGACUGGCGGGCACUUAUGAAGAGAAAGAGGAUGAAAGCCAACAUUAAGCUGGUUGGUUCAGGGUUUCCCCUUCCCACGUCCGACUUAGAUGACUCCCUCACAGAAGAGAUAGAUGAAAAGAUUGGAUUCCGCAACGAUGCAAAUUUUGACUGGCAAAAUGUGGCAGAUUUCAGGGAUGCAGGUGGAUCCUUAACAGAGGUCAAAGUGGAAGAAGAAGAAAGGGAUCCCCAGAGUCCUGAGUUUGAGAUUGAAGAGGAGGAAGAAAUGUUGUCAUCGGUCAUACCAGAUUCCAGGAGGGAAAACGAACUUCCUGAUUUCCCCCACAUUGACGAGUUCUUUACCCUUAACUCAACACCGUCUAGAUCUGCAUUUGAUGAACCCCAUUUGCUUGUAAACAUAGAGAAACAGAAACUAGAGUUGGAAAAACGCCGACUGGAUAUUGAGGCUGAAAGAUUGCAGGUGGAAAAGGAACGCCUGCAGAUUGAGAAAGAGAGGCUGCGGCAUUUAGACAUGGAGCACGAGCGGCUGCAGCUGGAGAAGGAGCGGCUCCAGAUUGAAAGAGAGAAGCUGAGGUUACAGAUAGUCAGUUCAGAGAAACCAUCUUUGGAAAAUGAACUUGGUCAAGGAGAAAAGUCUCUACUUCCACCACAGGACAUAGAAACAGAGAAGCUAAAACUUGAGCGAGAACGCUUGCAACUGGAAAAAGAUAGGCUGCAGUUUUUGAAGUUUGAAUCAGAGAAGCUGCAGAUUGAAAAGGAACGCUUACAAGUAGAGAAAGAAAGACUUCGAAUUCAGAAGGAAGGACACUUGCAGUGAUUUUUCUAGGCCUCCAUUUAGUGAAUGUUUGUAAACUGUAGUUUUUUCUCAUAUCAGGUGAUAUAAACAUGGUUGCUGGAUUAGCUAAACUUUUUCAUGUCUCAUGUCAGUGUUUUCAGUAGGAAAAAGAUAGUUCUAUGUGGAUAACUAUGCUUAAGUAGUAUAUUAUAUAAAAACUAUGUUAUGGCCUAGCAUAAACAGCAUAAUAGAAACUUACUAUGCUGGACUCUUUACAUUAGCAAUAGUACAUAGAGUCUGUAUAAUCUGUGCACCCAGAGUUUACAAUUAUGUCUUAGUAAAAUUCUAGCCCUGAGGUUCUCAACUAGUGGUAAUUUUGGCCCCCAGAAGACAUUUGGAAAUGUCUGCAGACAUUUUUGCCCAUCAAACUGGGGUGGGGGGAAGAUAGGUUCUACUGGCAUCUGGUACGUAGAGGCUGAGGAUGCUGCUAAACAUCCUGCAAUGCACAGGACAGUCCCCAACAGUAAAGAAUUAUCCAACCCCAAAAGACAUUAGUGCUGAGGUUGAGAAACCCUGUAUUGUCCUAACUAUGUACCUCUAUAGCUAUGUCUUUACAGUUUUAGACUAUUAAAAGCUCAGAUAUUUAUGUGGGUAAGUACUUAUAUCACCAAAAACUAUAACUAUGAAAUGUUAUCAUGUAGUAUAUUGAAUAUUAGAAGUGAUGAAGAUUAUAGGUAUUUUAUUUCCAUGUUUCCAUCUAUAAGUAGCCUGAGAUUCAGAAAACAAUACAGGGAACAUCAAAGAUUAUCUAAAAUGGGUCACUUUGAAAAGCAGUUCUUUCUAGCUAUUGAUGUUUAGAAGCAAGACACAAUUUUCAUGCUUUAGUUCCUUUUCUCUGAAUUCAUUGUCCGUUGUAUACAAAAAUUGUCAUUUCAACCGUUUACUGAACUCUUAUGUAAGUAAAUGGUUUAAGCUAGUGAAAAUGAUACCAAUAUAAAAAUGGUACCAGUAGUUCAUGAACUCGAUCCCAGUGAAUGGUUGUUUGACUCAAAAUAAAAAUAAGUCAUAGCAGCUAUUUGGGAAUGAGGUAUGGGGGAGAAUGUCCUCUGUAUCAAAUAAUAAUUAUGAUGUUGAAUAAUGAUAGUAGCCCUGUGUUAUGGAUUGAGGGAAGCACUUAUCACACACUAUCUGACCUAAUCUGUAGAACAUUUCUUGAGAAUGGUAUCUAUUAUUUUUGAAUCUGAAGCUCAGAGAAGUCACGCAGUGAAUAAAUGGUUGAUCUUUUAUAUUGUAGCAUAUUUGUCUCUUCCCCUCCCUGAGGAACAAAGUUUGUAUCUUCAGUCCCUUUGUUAUUUAUUCUGAGACCAGGGGCUUGCUUAACCUGGUGAUUUUCCUUCAGUUCACUGAAGGUGCUUUUUCCACAAUCCAGUUGAUUCUCAUGCACAGUAAAGUGGGAAAUCACUGCACGAGAUUCCUCUGUGUUUUCUGAUUUCCAGGGCUGAUAUGUAGCUUUAAUACAUCUAUUGAUAGAAACUACCUUGAUUCUGUGUUUGUUCCUUGUUAAUUUAAGAAUGGCUUGAAACUGUAUGUUAACAUUUGAGUAUGGGUAUACAAGGAAAAAAUACCCUUCUGCUUACUUACAAUGACUUUGAAAUAGUGUUAUUUUUCUAUAACUGAA